AUGGGCUUUAAUGCUGAACAGAAGUUCUGUUGUUGGGGAGAACGUGGAUUUCCUGGACCUUCUGGAGAGAAAGGCAGCAGAGGAAAAUGGGGCAGAAAAGGCCCCAGAGGAGAACCAGGUGAACAAGGAGAAUCUGGUCUAAGAGGAGAUCAUGGAGAUCCUGGGGCUAACAAUAAUGUUACUGGUCCUAAGGGUGAGAAGGGAAACCUAGCACCACAGGGAGACCCAGGCCCAUGUGGACUCCAAGGAGAGCAGGGUGAUGCUGGCCUAGAUGGUGCAGCAGGUCGAAGAGGCCCUCCAGGUAUAAAGGGUGAGCAAGGAGAUCUGGGAGAAACAGGUUACUCAGGAGAAACUGGUUUUCCAGGCCCCCAGGGCCCCAGAGGACCACAAGGGAUCAGAGGACCUCCCGGACCACAAGGCAUGCCAGGCCCUCCGGGUAGUCUGGGGACGCCCGGUUCACCUGGCUCUGUUGGAAAGUUAGGUGCAAGAGGAGCAAAGGGUGAACCUGGUGACCCUGGAGAGAAGGGCUUAGCUGGACCACCCGGACAGAGAGGCAUUCCUGGCAUGGAUGGCAGAGAUGCCUAUGGUCUUGAAGGAAGCAAAGGAGCAAAGGGAGAAUCUGGAUUCAUGGGAUAUCCUGGUCCAGAGGGAGAAGAAGGAGAUCAGGGCAUUCCAGGAGCUGAAGGACCCAAAGGAAUUAGGGGUAGAAGAGGUAAUUCUGGCACACCAGGUUCCCUGGGAGAUCCAGGUGACCGAGGGCCAUCAGGACCUAUGGGUGCCAAGGGACCAGUGGGCACCAUGUUAAUGGAUCCUUGUGAACUUGUGAAUUUUACCCGAAAAAACUGCCCGUGCUCAUCAGGUAAGCCCAUCUGAUCUCUGCACAUCCAUUCUUUGAUGGACUUGAAGAAAAAACUAACAAUGUUUGAGUUGUGGAGAGGUUCUCACACAACUUUUCUCCUUCAAUAU